GGCAGCUGUGACACUAGCACAGCUGUUUUUUAUUUUGCACGCUAGUUUUGUUUGGUUUGGGAAAUGAUGGAAAACUGCAUAAAUUGCGAGGAAAACACGAGGAAAUAUAAAUGCAGCAAGUGCGAGGCGCCUUACUGUUCUGUGGCCUGUUAUAAAGAGCACAAGGAUUCGCCGCAAUGUGUGAGAAACAUUUUGGAGUUGAAAAAGGAGGAAAAUGCUUUCCAGGAGGAACCCACGCUGCAUGUGCCCUUCACCACCGAUGACACGGUUCCCGCGGAGAAGCUACAGCAAUUAGAAACCAACCAGAAUCUGCUCAACCUGCUCCACAAUCCCCAUUUGCGCUCCCUUCUCCAGCAGAUCGAUGUGGCCAUCAAUGCCCAGUCGGCCAUGACGGCCGCCAUGCAGGAGCCCCUCUUCGUGGAGUUCGCCAAUGCCUGUUUGGAGGUCGUGGAGCCCAUGACGGAGCAGGAAAAAGCUGAAAUCGAUCUGUGUUCCUAAGAUAAUCCCUCUAAAGAAUACCCACUCCAAAGUCUCAAUAAACCCAAUGUAUUUCGUA